GUGCCUUUAAAACAAGUGACAGCCCACGGCACGAGCACACACGCUCGACAACGUCAAGGGCAACUUCCACACGAGAUGAUCUGGACUGUCUUCCUACUGGUUCAAGCGGUGCUACUCUACCUCCUCGUCACACACAGAUCCAGGUCCGAGAGUGAUCCACCUCUUGACAAAGGUGCGAUCCCGUGGCUGGGUCAUGCGAUUGAAUUUGGAAAAGACGCAGCCAAGUUCUUGAAUCGAAUGAAACAGAAGCAUGGCGACAUCUUUACAGUGCGCGUCGUAGGGCGCUACGUGACCGUGCUGCUGGAUCCUCACUCAUACGACUGCGUGAUCAACGACAGCGACUCGCUAGACUUUGAGGGCUAUGCCGAUGUGCUCAUGGAGAGAAUUUUCAAGUUGCGCCUGCCGCAUCGCCAACCCGCUCAGACAAAAGCGCUGAUGAAACAGCACUUCCGAGGAAUGAAUUUGGCCACCUUAAACGAAACCAUGUGCAGACACCUGGAGGCCUUGCUGAAAGCCGAGAUCCCUCCGAACCGGAAAUACUGGAAACAGAAGGAACUUUUCGACUUCUCAUACGGCCUUCUCUUCAAGGCGGGUUACCUGACGCUUUUCGGAGGAGAACAGAAUAAUAGUAGUGCCGAUCCUACGAGUGUCUAUGACGAGUACCGCAAGUUUGACAACCUCCUAACCAAGCUUGCAAGAAGAACCUUGAAGCGAGAUGAAAGCAGGACAGCUCAGAAUGCUCGUCACAGGUUGUGGGAACUUUUGACCCCGGCGAGUCAGACGGAGGACUCUGGGUCACACGCGUGGAUUUACGCCUAUAGGCGACUUCUGCAGCGUGAAGGAGUGGACGAGGAGAUGCAGAAGCGGGCUGUACUGAUGCAACUUUGGGCCACUCAAGGUAACGUCGGCCCCGCCGCCUUUUGGCUUUUAGGAUUCUUGUUGACAAAUCCUGAAGCGCUGAGUGCUGUGAGGAGCGAGUUCAAGCAGAUUGCCCAGAUGGAAACAUCAGGAACUUCUCUUCUCCACUCCCGUGGAAACACCCCAGUUUUCGACAGUGCCUUGGAGGAGACUCUUCGACUCACUGCUGCCCCCUUCAUCACCAGAGAGGUAGUGCAGGAGAAAAGCAUUCAAAUGGCUAAUGGUCAAAAGUACCAUCUGCGAAAAGGAGACCGGGUGUGCUUGUUCCCGUUCACCAGCCCUCAAAUGGACCCUGAGAUUCACCCAGAGCCACAGAAGUUCCAGUUUGACCGCUUUCUGAAUAAGGAUGGAUCGGCUAAGAAGGAUUUUUACAAAGGAGGUAGAAAGUUGAAAUAUUACACCAUGCCGUGGGGCGCAGGCGCACACGGCUGUGUGGGAAAGCAGUUUGCCAUCAAUACCAUCAGACAGUUUGUGUACUUGGUGUUGGAUAUGGAUUUGGAAUUGUGUGACAUCAAUGCUCAGAUGCCGGAGAUAAACACCAGCCGUUAUGGAUUCGGUAUGCUCCAACCAAAGGGAGACUUGUUGGUGCGCAUGAAAGCCAGGAAGACGAACUAGGUCUUUGUAGUACUUGUAUGUACAUGUUAGCAUAGCAUUGUGUCAAAAUGCCUUUUAUACUUUUGUAUUUUAUAUUUAAAAUGAGAAUUUUAUAAUUAUUUUUAUAAUUAUAUUUUUAUUAUUUUUUUAAGUAUUUAAGAAUAAAUAAAUGUGAAGUAUCAG